AUGCCGGAGACCAUUUGGUUUUCUCUAUGGAAAUCCAAACAUUUCCAAAAAUACAUUCUGGAAGAUGCUCGAACAUUACCGUCCUUUUGGAGUGCUUGUGGUCAACAUCCGGCUUUGCUCAAUCAUCCGGUGAAGACCAUCCAAAACUACGCAAAGAGAGCGGUUCCUGUGGUUUUGCAUGGCGACGGGGCGGCCGUCACCAUGCACAUAGGAUCUAACUCCAAGAGUUGUUUGUUUCUAUCAUUUCGCAGCUUGGUGGCCACCGCUAGUAUCCAUUUCUUGAUGGCGGCGGUGUGGACAAUGGCCUGCAGCAAAGGAAGGUUCAAUACGUCAAAAGCCAUCUUCCGACGUAUCGCACGCUCGUUUGAAGCCUUGAUGGACUGUCAAACCACUGGAGGCUUUUUUCCAGUAGUUAUCUGGACCACCGGUGAUUUGGAAUAUUUCAGUGAUUUUCAUCAUGUGGCUCGUUGGAAUGCAUCGCGGCCGUGUUGUCUGUGUUCUGUGCCCAAGGAGGCUUUGCAACACGUGCCGCCGUUUGAGACUUUGGCGUUGCAAGCAGAUGAUUGGAGUCUACCUAGGAGUCAUCCAUGUCCACUGUUUCAAUCUUUGAUGAGUCCGCAAAGUAUUGCGCCAGAUUAUAUGCACACCAAACAUCUCGGUUGUGACUUGCGUCUGCUUGGAAGCGUGGUGUGGAUGAUGAUCUUUGAGCUCCCAAGCACAGAAAGUUUGGAGCAUCGAUUGCAAACACUCUUGCAUGAAGCAAAGGCUUUCUGGUCUGCAACGCAAAGUCGCAGCGGCUUGAAUAACUUGACAUUGGGAAUGUUCUGUGACGUGAAUGAUAAACAGUGCCGGAAGAAGUAUCCGAAGCUCAAGGUGAAAGCUGCCGAAUCCGUUGCGUGCAUAGUGGCUUUCUUACAUCUUUGGCAACAGAAGAUGGAUCAUACCAACAAAGCACACGUUUGGAUCAAACUCUCUUUGCAAGCUUCAGCGGAUAUGGAUAUAAUCUUGAAAAGGCACAGUGCAGAAUGGAAGUUGACACCCGAGGUACACUCGGAUUUCAUGACAUGUACCAAAACGUAUUCUGUUUGUAUGGUCGCCUUGCAGAACCAUUACUGGAAUCAAGAAAAUCGAAAACUCUUUCAAGCUGACACUUUCAAGGGCCACUGGAUGCUUCACUCGGCUGAAUUGGCGCAGUACAUCAACCCACGCUGGACCUGGUGUUAUUCGGGAGAAUCUUUUAUGUCGUCCUGCAAAGUUUUGAUGCAAGCGUGCUUGAAAGGUCGUGGAAUGUUGAGUUCGUUGCACAAAUUCAUCGAGCGUUACAAUAUUGCUUUGUCUAUGGACCUUGCAGAGUCUUGGCAGUUGAAGUGA